UUAGUUGGGGAAAUUAGCGUACGAUUUGGCUAAGUAUAAGAACAGCUAAGAGAACAAAGAAGAAACCAUGGAGUUUGAGGAUCAAGAGGAGCACAAGGGAGAAGAAGGAGAUAUAGAGAUGGGAGCGAGUUAUGACUCGCUGGGUAACUCGAAAGCACCAACUCAGCCAAAAAUGGCGCCCAUGAGCCCCGGCGCGUUGGCGCCGCUUCAGAUGAGGAAGCCGCGGUACAGAGAGUGCCUAAGGAACCACGCGGUGGGGAUCGGCGGCCACGCCGUGGACGGUUGCGGCGAGUUCCUGGCCGCCGGAGAGGACGGCAGCGUCGACGCGCUAAAAUGCGCCGCCUGUAACUGCCACCGCAAUUUCCACCGCAAGGAAACGGAAACCGCCGCCGCCGCCGCCUUAGUCCACUUCGGCUACCACCACCCCCACCCCCUCCCCUACCACCUCCCUCCGCCGCAGCACCACCGCCCUCUCGCCCUCCCAUCCACCUCCGGCGGCGCAUACAGAGAAGAAACGAUGGACGACAUGAACAGCGGCGGCGCGUCGAAGAAACGGUUCCGAACAAAGUUCAGCCAGGAGCAAAAGGACAAAAUGUUCGAGCUGGCGGAGAAACUUGGGUGGCGGAUUCAGAAGCACGACGAGGCGGCGGUGCAGCAGCUCUGUAACGAUUACGGCGUUAGAAGGCACGUCUUCAAGGUCUGGAUGCACAACAACAAGCACACCCUCGGUAAAAAACCUUAAAAAUUCCGAAAAAACAUGGAGUAUGAAGAUGAUGAUGAACACUGACAAUUUAUCUCCAUUUUUAGGGCAUUCCAUGAUUAUCACUGCAUUUUAUAUAUAGUAUGGUGGUGGUUAAAAAAUGAGAUAAAAAUCUGUGCUUUUUUCUCCGGAAUUUAGUGGUGAAAAUCAUUAGAUUAGGCCAAAAACUAGGGCUUUUUUUUUUUUUUUUUUUUUUUUUUCUUGCCAGCUGACUCCAUGAAUGGAAGAUGAUGAUGACUAGUAGUAGCAGCAGCAGUAGUAUUAGCAUUAAUUUCUAUGGAGUUCUUCUUGUCUCUGAAAUGGAGUAAUAUUGUGGGUGCAUGUUAUGUUAAGGCUGUAUUGCAUGUACCCUUAUGACAUGUUUUCUGGGUUUUCUGAAACUAGCCCUCUUGAUGUGGCUCUACAUGAGUUGUGUUUUCUUGCUCUCUA